AUGGAUCGCAUCGAGCCGGUCGAGGACCACGCCCCUGGAGAUCCCCAGGAAUCUCCUGCAGAGCAGUCCUCUGGGUCUACUCCCCCAAGGCCAGCAGGACCGACGCCGUUGCGCCCGCGGGCCCCUUCACUUCGGACGCGACGACCGAGUAUCCGCCUGUCCCGUUUACCGUCUCUGAACUCCUUAGAUAACGUCGAUCAAUCGGCGUUAUCGCAACAGGACAAUCAGCCGUUGCCGUCCUUCGAACGUCAAGCCAUCCGAUCCCCUCCGCCGAAUGAAGAAGACGAAGCAUGGCAGGGUGGCCGACGGCGCAGCAGCUCCGAACCCCGACCGGGCCGGUGGUCUUCUCCUGCCACGGAGACGCUUUCACGGGUCGCCACAGCGACUCCAGGGCGGAUGAUGCCUUUGACCGAGGAACCGUCACGGCAAAGCCCUGCAGCACUCUCUCCGCCAGUGAUAGAGCCCGGGCAGACAAUCGAACAAGACUUUGAGCGCCCGGAUCAGCUUGAGGCCCCAUCCGCAGUAGCGCGCCCUGCAAGUCGCCUUCGGCGAACCAGCCAAGCUGCAUUGAACAGGUUCUCCCGGAACCGCGCAUCAACAGUCUCAGGAGCACCCCCAACUCUCAAUUCUCAAGAGCAACAACGCCAAGAUGAAGAGCGUCUAGAGGAACAGCGCAAAAAUGAAUAUGGUUCUCAUGUGGUCGACGUACUAGACGUGAUCGACCCCGAGGUGUCUGCGUUGUCUACUCUGACUAACGUCCAGAACUCCCUCUUCGUGCCGAACUUGGGUGGCUUCGUCAAUCGUAUGCCUACUUAUACCAUUUCCCGACCACAGUACUCUUCGGAUGAAGAGCAGGGGACUACAGCAGAUGAGGGGGAAUUAUCCGAGGAAGCCAAGCUUAAGAAGGAUAAGGAGCGACCCAUAGUGGAGCAACUGCGUCCUUCUCCCAGCAUGUCCUCGGUGUUGCCUGGUCCUCGUUAUGCCGUUCUCCCUGAAACCCGCGGCCUGGAAGGGUGGACGAAGGAAGACUAUGCGGAACUCAACGAUCAUGUUCGGCAUAUGCUUCACUCCCGACGGUCCAAGUUCAAACGGUCAAUGAGAGGAUUCGGGCAGUACGUGCGGAAGCCUCUUGGAUUUUUUAUCACUCUCUACGCAACUCUGAUUACGUUGUUUGGUCUGGCCUGGGUUCUUUUCUUGAUUGGUUGGAUCAAUAUUGGAGGAAAACAACUCUAUGUCAUCAAUAUUAUCGAUAACGUUUUGGUCGCUCUAUUUGCCAUUAUGGGCGAUGGAUUAGCUCCUUUCCGUGCAGUCGAUACAUAUCAUAUGUGUUUCAUCGCGCAUUACACGUUUUUGACGUGGAAGAUCCGUCGAAAGCGCAGUCUGCCAAACCUGAAGGACAAGAACGACCUCCCAUCGAAGCCCGAGAAAGACGCCGACGUCGAAUCUGGCGAUAUGACCGAAGAACAUGAAUACUCUGUGCUCAGCCCUCGCCAACAGCUGCGACUGAUGCACCACCAGCAUAAAUUUGCCAAGUCUCACACUUUCUACAAGCCCCACGAAACCAUGACUCAUCACGCUUUCCCUCUCCGGAUCCUCAUUGCCAUCGUCGUUGUGCUUGACUGCCACUCUCUGCUCCAGAUGGCUCUUGGUGCUUGCACCUGGAGUAUGGAGGACUACAACUCGCGACCUUUCGCCCUGACCACUGUCAUCCUGUGUUGCUCUAUUGCUUGCAAUAUCUCAGGUGGUGUGAUGAUUAUGAUUGGUGAUCGACGAGCCCGAAAGAAGGAUGUUGUUGAACGGCUAUUCCGCCAGGAGCUGACCGAGGAAGCCAUGAGGAAGAUAGAGAAGAAGAAGGUCAAGGAGGAGCGCAGGAGUAUGCAGAUUGAGCGUGAGCGCAAGAGCGAACAGCUGGAUCGCCCCGAGCUUCCCGAGCCGUACAACGGCACCUGA